AGGGCGGCGCUACUCGUGGUGGCCGUGGCGGAGCAACAGCACCCGCAGCCGCAGCAGCAGGGCCUCGCCUUUGUGCUCGUACAGAGAGAAGAUGGCUCCCGUUUUGGAGAAGCAACUCCCGGGCGUAGCCGGGGCAGGCGACCACAACAACGAGGAGGAAGAAGGGCUAGACCUUUGGACCUCAAUACUCAGUGAUGUUUCUACCCGAUCAAGUUCAAAAUUGCCAUCAGGAAAAAACAUUUUGGUAUUUGGUGAGGAUGGAUCUGGAAAAACUACACUCAUGUCCAAACUUCAAGGGGCUGAACACAACAAGAAAGGAAGAGGACUGGAAUAUCAAUACUUAAAUGUCCAUGAUGAAGACCGAGAUGACCUUACACGAUGUAAUGUGUGGAUCCUGGACGGGGACCUCUACCACAAAGGCCUGCUUAAGUUUGCCGUUUCUGCACAGUCACUACCUGAUUGCCUAGCCGUAUUUGUUGCGGAUAUGUCGCGGCCCUGGACCAUUAUGGAAUCACUGCAGAAGUGGGCCAGUGUACUACGUGACCAUGUGGACAAAUUGAAGAUCCCUCCGGAGGACAUGAGAGAAAUGGAGCUCAAGAUGGUGAAAAUGUUUCAAGAGUACACAGAACCGGAGGAUGCCACGCCUGCGUCACCACAGAGACGGGCACUGGCAGCAGGGGAAGACGAAGCUGUGGUGUUACCACUGGGGGAAGACACACUCACGCACAACCUAGGCAUUCCAGUGCUAAUAGUUUGCACAAAGUGUGAUUCUGUCAGCGUAUUGGAGAAGGAGCACGACUACAAAGAAGAGCACUUUGAUUUCAUCCAGUCACACAUUAGGCAAUUUUGCUUACAAUAUGGAGCUGGUCUAAUCUACACCUCAGCCAAAGAGGAAAAGAAUCUAGAUCUGCUUUACAAAUACAUUGUACAUAAAUUGUAUGACUUCCACUUUACGAAUCCUGCCCUAGUAGUGGAGAAAGAUGCAGUGUUCAUCCCGUCAGGGUGGGAUAAUGACAAGAAAAUCUGCAUUUUGCACGAAAACUUAACAACCGUCAGACCUGGAGAUCCAUUUGAAGAUUUUAUCACAAAACCUCCAGUAAGAAAGAUGGUGCAUGACAAAGAGAUAAAUGCUGAGGAUGAGCAAGUAUUCCUGAUGAAACAACAGUCUUUGUUAGCAAAACAGCCAGCCACUCCAACUAGAGGAGCUACUGAAUCUCCAGGACGUACAGCGUCAGGUUCUCCAAGGCCUGCGGGACGUGCUGCACCCACUUUGACCGGCGGUUCUCCGAUGACUGCGGUCAAAAAGCCUGAUGCCAAUAUGAAAGCAGGGGCAGCCAAUGAGGGUGUAUUGGCCAACUUCUUCAAUAGUCUGUUGAGCAAAAAGACAGGAUCGCCAGGGAGUCCUGGAAGUGGCGCUGGAGUGCAAGGUUCAGCCAAAAAAACAGGGCAGAAGCCGGGUUUGAAUGACGUCCAGGCUGAGUUGGACCGUAUGACACGCAAACAGGACCCCAUGGUUUCAGCCAACAACAUACCGCCGCAGACUGAGAACGAAGCGUGAAGUCUACAAAAAGAGAUGCACCGUUCCCCGUGUUAAAAAUGGAAGUUUAAAUGUACACGUGAGCAUAAACAGUUGACCUAAUUCCCAAUGUCUAUGUCAGAACACAGCAGGUUUCACCAAAACCCAUUUGGGACAAUAUCAGACAUUUUGGUGUUCUGGUAUAAGACAGUGAUUAAAAAAUGGUAAUGAAGGUGUUAAUUAGAUGAUAGGGCUGAAGACUUAAUGUUUUUCAGCAAGUUUGUCCCUGGAAAAGUUUAUGAAAAUGUGCACACGCACGCUGGCAGCAUGCCUGAUACACUGGGUUACAGGCGUCCCAGUAGCUGAGGUAUAUUUAAAAAGAAAACACUCCUCAGUGAGAUCAAGAGUGGAAAGACACUAGCCUUGGUUGAGUUUAUCUCAUGGAAAGUAUUGGAUUGGGAAUUGAAAAGUUAUUUAAACUGUUAAUUGUAUUCGUCAUGAAACUGAAUUCAGAUGAUUGUGCACAAAUUUAGUUUGCAAAUAAAAUGUUGGGUGGUUUGCCGAUGUAUUUAUACAGUUCCUCCCUCUUAAUUGUGAGCAUUGUUUAAUGGUUUAAGGAAAUGCUCAGGUGCCACUGAUGGCACACGACAAAAUCUGGAUAGUUGAUAGCAUAUCAUCGUCAUCUCGAAGGGUUCUGUAAAUAUGUACCACGCAAAAUCACAUGCGGUUUUAUUUUGUGUAUAUACAAUUCUAUUCCAAAUCUUGGCAUGGCCUCCGACUAAGUUGAUAUUUGUCAGGCUUUUGAGGUUUCAACAGAAUUGCUUCUUUAGCUCCAAGUCUGUAUAUUUGGGGAGGGGGCUGGGCAGCAUCUUUCCUACUAAUACUCCCAAAAGUGCCUCGCACACGAGCUGUUCAUGUAACAGCAGAGUCGCUUUU